UUACACAAGACUACAUGAUGUGCCCAUUAUCAGCAAUUGUAUUCAUCCUUUUUCAUUUGCACGUUAACAAUAUGAAUUUUUGCAAAUUUUUUAACAGGAGGGUGAUGGGAAUGAGAACUUGUGAGUCAAGAUGUCUUUUUUCUGGCAGGGAAGGCAGGGUGGGCGUGGUUGCCGAUGCUGGUGAGAAUCCUGCCAAGUCGUGGAGAGGUUUGUACAAUUGCUCCGUUGUAUGUGACAACCUCAGUUCAACAUCAUCCUCUCAAAGAGAUGUCAAUACUUGCCAUGGCAACGCUUUCAAAGGUAUUUAUUGUUUCGAUGAGACCCAAACUGACUGUUAUGUUCACAAAACCACUAAAGGGUGAUUUAAGUACACUACCUUUACUUGCUUGGCAAUUUGUUGUCAUUCAAAAAUCUCAAAGCCCGAGUUCCAUUGAACCAGUUCUUGCAUUUGCUAGGGAUAGCACUAUCUAUUUUUACCAGCUCUUGUAUCAGACUGAUGGUACAGUCAAAUUUGGUCUUUUGCAGCAAAUGACUGCACCAUAUGUUCUCCUCAACUUUAAGUGGUUGAACCCCAGGACGUUGGUUACUGUGGAUACGUCAGAGAAGCUUCGUGUAAUUGAUGUGCGAUCUGAUGAAGAACUUGAGGUCAUUGACCUUGUAGAUGUACAGCUAGUGUAUGGUAGUAGUCAUUUCAAGUCCUUAGCCACAGGAGGCAAUGUUAGCAAAGCAUUGGCUUUAGCAGGAGAGAGGGCAUGCUACCAGUCAUUAGACACUUUUAAUGGCCAGCUGAUUCUUCUAGGAACAAAGUCGAUUCAUGUUAUGACAAUCAGGCAGUGGCAGGAUCGUAUUGAUCUUCUGGUGCGUCAGAAUAAAUUCCAGGAAGCCCUAGCACUUGCAAUGUCAUUCUAUGAGGGAAAGGCUAAAGCUGUAGUUGGAUUGGUUGGCAAGCAAAAACGGAAACAGAUUCUAGUGGACAAGAUAAUGGAUGUGUUAUAUAAUUUUGUUGAUAUUUCAAUGACUCAGAACUGCCCUCAGAGCGGAGGAACAUUUUUACUGACAGAACACUUUCAGGCUGUUGUACCCGUUUGUGUUGAGCAUUGCCUUAAACUUGGCAAAAUUGAUAUUUUAUUUGGACCAAUCUAUGAGCGUUUCAAUCAAGACAUAACAGCAAAUGGUGUUUUCCUAGAGUGUUUAGAACCAUACAUUCUAAAUGACCGCCUGACUUCCAUUACACCUGCUGUAAUGAAGGAUUUUGUAGACCACUAUCAAAUGAAGGGAAUGGUGCAGAACGUAGAGGCUUGCAUUGUACAUAUGGAUGUAGCUAGUCUGGAUAUACACCAGGUAGUGAGUCUAUGCUGGUCACAUGGUUUGUAUGAUGCUAUCAUCUAUGUGUACAAUAAAGGGAUGCAAGAUUACACAACACCAUUGGAGGACCUGCUGAAGAAACUGAACAUUGCUGUACAAGCUGGAAAACAACUCACAGAUCAACAAGUAAGACUUGGAAAUAAACUUUUAGUGUACAUAAGUUGUUGUCUAGCUGGAAGAGCUUAUCCAUUAGGUGAUAUUCCACAUUUUCUGGUUAAUCAAGUUAAAGAUGGAGUUUGGAAAUGUUUGACACAGCUUCAUACUGAAGAGCAGCCGCCGGAUGAGCCUGUGUACCCACAUCUUAGAACAUUGCUUGGAUUUGACACUAGAGAGUUUCUGAAUGUCCUGGCUUUGGCAUUUGAAGAGCCAGAAUUCAAAGUGCAAGAUAUUCCAUAUGGAGUUCAAUCCAGGCAGAAAAUUGUUGAUAUUUUAUUGCAAAUUAUGGUAGAGAGUACGGGAUUUGAUCCUACUCAAGUUGGCUUUUUAUUUACAUUCCUUGCAAGACAAAUGGCAAAGCAUGAAAAUACAAUAGUAGUUAAUAGACUACUGUUUGAGCAGGUUCUGGAGUUCUUGUGCAGUGUUGAGACCAGUGUCCAUCAUGCUGAAAGACAGCAGGCUUUGCUAGAACUUCUCAAUGCUGGUGGCUUACAACAAGUGGACAAUGCUAAGCUGUUAGUACUAGCUGAGAAAGCACAAUUUUUUCAAGUCUGUGAGCUUUUAUACCAGAUAACUUCACAGUAUAGUAAGAUUUUCCUAUGUCAUCUUCAAGAUCCAUCUCGCAAGCUUGAGGUAUUCUCCUUCGUGCAUGGAAUUCUAUCUUCCACAAGGUAUACUGAGGACGAGCAGAACUCUGUGAAAAAGGAGGUUAUUGAUCAUCUGCAGGAUCUUAUUAUGAUUGACAGCAAGGAGACAGCUUGUUUGGUGUUGUCAGAUUUUUCAGACUCUGUGAACAAGAUCAUCAACAUGAUCAAGAGUGAACCCAGGACACAGUAUGAGUUCCUUAAAGGACUGAUUGAGAUGCGAGAUCACAUGACCACAGCGAUAAACCAGAAGGACCAAGCGCACAUCGAGCCUUACAUUUUUGAAAUGUACAUUGAACUGAUGUGUCAAUUUGAAACAAAUACAGUACUCAACUACUUGCAGGUGGCUGAGGGCUACCGAUUGGAGGAAACCUUGAAGAUUGUACGAUACUACAAGGUGUCGGAUGCAACAGCAUUUUUACUGGAGAAGGCAGGAGAUAUUCAAGGUGCAUUUGGAAUUCUCAUAGAAGCUCUACAGGUCAAAGUCAGAAUUUACAUAGAUUCUGUUGAUACCAAAGACAAAGCAAAAAUUAGUCUGUGUAUUUCGAAUGCACAAGCUGUAUUGAUGGUGAUUGUCCAACUUUGUCAGAGAAGUUCUUCAAAGAUGGACGAGCCACAACGUCAGGCAAUUUGGUUUCCUCUACUUGACCUAAUGAUGGUGUCUCAAAGGAAACUGAAAGGCACUGAAUCUGAGCCACAUUUCCAUGAUUUUAAAAUGUUGACAACUCAUGUUUUGAACAGCAUGCUUGGAUACAUUGCUUUACCAUCAAUCUUGCAGAAAAUUAUGCAGACUCUGUUAAACACUACCAAUCAACUGCUUGCCCAAGAUUUGUACUGGUCCCUCACCAACCUAACAAGUACUGCAAAUAAGGGCGUUAUUUCAAGGUCAGAGCACUGUCCAAUUUGUACACAACAGUUUGCCUCUUCGUCUACUGAUGAUGUCAUCAUUUUCAGUUGUGUACAUAGCUAUCACACAAGUUGCCUUCAGUCAGCAGGUUGUUCCACUCUGAUUGACGGGAAGCUCCAUUGGAGUUGUUUGUUGUGCAAUACAGCAAGACGUUGGAAAAAUCCUAAUAGAAAAGAGGCAACACGAUUGAGUUUUUCUGAUGAUAAGGAUUCAGUAGCUAGUAGGAAUCAAACACGUCAGACUUCUAAUAAGCUGGAUACCCUGGACCCAGAGCAGAAGGCUGCAUUAAGGCUAUUGAAAAAAGAGGCAGAAGGACCAUCUCGUAUGGCGAUUCUUUGUGAUGUGAUCAGGGACAGCCGUAGCUCAUCUUCAGAUCAAAGCCUAAUCAAAAGCAACAGUUUACUAAAGAAGGAAAGUUUCCAGCUCCGUUUAGCUGCACCACCAAUGCAAGAAAAUUAAUCCUAUCCAAAAAAUCCUGUAUAACAUCUUGAUUUAAAAAAAGGCAUGCUUUUUAAAUUAUUACAUGUAUACAGUAUAUAUAGUUGAUAUGUAAACCUGAACUUUUAACAUAUAUAGGUAUAUAGGUUGGUAUAGGUGAUAUUGGAAUAGUAUUAGUGGAAAGCAUACGGUAAUUAUUUCAACAUUAUGGCUUUUAAAACUACUAUAAAAAUAAUAUUCAUCAAAGAAAAUCACUCUGUAAUCACUUUUUUUUAGCAAUAUUUUAUUUGGAAUACCACUUUGUUUUAUGGAAAGGCAUUUCACAAAUGCUGAUUUGAUUGAUUGAUUUAUACAGUAUAAAUGAAGGAUGAUUAAGAGGAAAGCUGUAAGAGUGAAAAAAAGUGUGUGCGAGUGGUAAAUUAUGAGUAGUAAAAUAUACUUUUCAAUCAAUUUUAUUCAUAAAAAUGCUAAAUAAUUUUUAUAUACUUGCUCACUGACAGUAACAUAUAAGAAAAAAAUUUAAAUAUCCACUCUGUCCAUUUUGUCAGAGAGAAAAUAUAGUUUUAUGUUACAAAAAUUAUGAGAUUAUGGCAAAACACAUAAAAAUUAACAUUGAAUAUUUUA